GUACUUGAAAUGCAUCAAAAGCUUCCUAGUCUUGUUUUCUUUUUUUUGUUCCCUGUCUCACUAAGUGUGCAUUCCAUUCAUGUGCAUUCCUGAGAAGGGGAGCAGGAAAUAGGGGUCGGCGACGUACCUGCAGCCAUGGUGUCGGCGGAGAUGAGGGCCACAGCGACAACGACGACGGCAGAGGUGGCCAGGAGGAUGCAGGCAGAGAUGAAGAGGCAAUCAGGAAAGAAAGGCAGCGACAGCGCGAUCAGGUUGCUUGACUUUCUGGUGCCCCUGUGUUACCUUUGGUCGUCUUGCUGGGAUUGUGGACAAAGGCUCCCCAUCAUGCUGCAUGAAUGGGACCCUGUAUGUUUGCCUGGCUUGCGUAGGCUGCAACUGGUUGUAUUCUUGUACCAAACGCUCGGCGAUGCGGUCGCAAUACAACUUGAAAGCAUCGCCCUGCAUGGACUGCUGUGUCCACUUCUUCUGUGAGAGUUGCGCGCUAUGCCAAGAGUACAAGGAGCUGGAAAACCG